GCUACCAAACAAGCGCACUGGCGGAAAGCUUUAGCUAACGUUAUUUACGUCCACAGACAAGUGCUAGAGGUUGAACUAAAACGAUGUUACGAUUAAAAGUCUUUAAAUUUCAAGGAGAGUAAUGGUAAUAGGACUGCUAGUUAAGAACAGAUUUCUCGUUUCGGGGGAUAUUUCAGUAAAAGUAAAAAUACCUUUAGCUCGUCUCUGCUCGGACUGUGGUUCCAUCGUUUGUAGCUCUGUGUUGAUAUCCGUUGUGCUGUUUUAAGUCAGUAAAUCAAGCGAGUAGGGAGAUGUCAGAGUCUGGCCACAGUCAGCCCGGGAUGUACGGGCAGGGACGCAGGAGGAGGAGACGCCGGGGAGACAGAGAUGCAGGACCUCCUGGGCAAAAUCUGUCUGGUCCUAGCCGGGAUCGAGAAUACCAACCGAGGGAACGAAGGGAUGGGAGCGAGGAUCCACCAGGCCCACUCAUUCAGAAGACCCCCAUCAUUCUUGCAAAACCCCCCGGGGAAAGGGCCAAGCCAUCACAGAAUGCACCUGUCAGUGGAGCUCCAGUCUUGGAGAAGCCCAUCAUGCUAAUGAAAGCCAGGGAUGAUGGAGGGAAGCCAGGGACCCCUCCAGAGGCAGCAGCUCAGCCCUCUGGCCCUGGACCCUCAAAGAUUGAGAGGGAAGGGCAGCGACCUACCCAGCCUGUGUACCAGAUCCAAAACCGAGGAAUGGGUGCUUCUGCAUCGAGCAGCGCUGUAGACCCUAUGGUUGGCCAAGCUAAACUCCUCCCUCCAGAGAAGAUGAAGCACAGCAUUAAGCUGGUGGACGAUCAGAUGAACUGGUGUGACAGUGCCAUGGAGUACCUGAGGGACCAGACAGAUAUGUUGGUGGUGGGAGUCAUUGGCCUUCAGGGAAGUGGGAAAUCCACGAUCAUGUCACUAUUAUCUGCCAACACCCCUGAGGAAGAUCAAAGAGGUUAUGUAUUCAGAGCCCAGUCUCAAGAAAUCAAAGAAAGAGGAGGAAACCAGAGCACAGGGAUUGAUUUCUUCAUCACACAGGAGAGAGUCAUCUUCCUGGAUACACAGCCGAUCCUCAGCCCAUCUAUUCUGGACCACCUCAUCAACAACGACCGGAAGCUGCCUCCAGAGUACAACCUCCCUCAUACGUACAUUGAGAUGCAGUCUCUUCAGAUCGCUGCCUUCCUGUUUACUGUGUGCCAUGUCAUCAUUGUCGUUCAAGACUGGUUCACUGACUUAAACCUCUACAGGUUUCUUCAGACUGCUGAGAUGCUGAAACCUUCCACUCCGUCCGCAAGCCAUGACAGCACUGGCUCUUCAGGAAAUGAUGAUGGAGCAGAGUACUAUCCUCAUAUAGUGUUCCUCCAGAAUAAAGCCAAACGGGAUGAUUUCUGCCCAAGGAAUCUGAAGAACAUGCAUAUGGUGGUGGACAAAUUAAUGGCCCACUCUCAUCUCAAAUACAAAGGUACAUUGUCCAUGCUGGACUGCAAUAUCUUCCCUGGCCUGGGACAGGACUAUCUGUCACCUGAGGUCAACAUGUUCCUACUUCCUGUGCAGGACAAUGACGGCGAGGAUAAUCUGACCAAAGCAGGGUCCGGAACAUACCCGCUCUUCUCCCUGCUGCCGGGGUACAGAGGACACUCUUCCUUCUCCACCAUGGUUUCAAAACUUCGCAGCCAAAUACUGACCAUGCCCCGCUGUCAGCUGUCACACACCAUCCUCACUGAGAAGAACUGGUUCCAUUAUGCAGCUCGUAUCUGGGAUGGGGUGAAAAAGUCCUCAGCGCUGUCGGAAUACAGUCGCCUGCUCUGCUAACACCCUGGUUGAACUGCUGUUAUACACAUUACCGGCACAACCUCUUACGUCCAGUUAUCAGGUCACGCGAGGAGAAUUGUGGCCCCGAAAGUGGAGACUGUUGUUUGCAUCCUACAGGAAAGGAGGAGUGAAACGGGAAGCUCGGUCAGUGUUGAAGAGUCGAAGGGUGACACCACCUUCUAUUCACUUUGGAGAGAUUAAAAAAUAAAACCUGCAGACUCUUGCCCAAGCCCUGUCCCUGUCCUCAGGGUGUUUAAUGUUCAGCAGUGAUGAGCGAUGAAGUUUUCUGCACAUGUCUAAGUAAGAUAUGAUGACAUUUUUAUUUGCAAGUAAUUUGUUGUAACACCAGAUUUGAUGUACUGAUGCACAUGUUUUCGGAGGUGAAAAUUUAGCCUGAUUUGCCACUAUAUGACGAAAAACUGACAUGACUUGAUGUGAUUAGAGCAUUUAUGAUUUACAUGUUGGAGGUACAAUUAAAGGCAUUUUGACUGUCUUUGGCAGGGACUAAA